AUGCCCGGAGCGCACAUCCACCAGAACACGUUAGGGGAUGGCCUCGUCCCCCUCAUCAACAAGCUCCAGGACAUCUUCACGCAAGCGGGCGUGGAUAACGUCGGCGGCGACCUGGAGCUCCCCCAGAUUGCGGUCGUGGGCUCGCAAUCCUCGGGCAAGUCCUCCGUGCUCGAGGCGCUCGUCGGGCGGGAUUUUCUCCCUCGCGGCCCCGACAUCUGCACCAGGCGCCCGCUCGUGCUUCAGCUCGUGCACACGCCGUACCAGCACGCGUCCCACCACAACCAGGCCCCGAUGGAGUGGGGAGAGUUCCUCCACCGCCCGGGCGAGAUCUUCACCGAGUUUGAAGCCAUCCGCGAGGAGAUCGAGUGCGAGACCAACCGGGGCACCGGCACCAACAAGGGCGUCUCGGACAAGCAGAUUCGCCUCAAGAUUUGCUCCCCGCACGUCCUCACCAUGACCUUAGUGGACCUCCCGGGCAUCACGCGCGUUCCCGUCGGAGACCAACCCGCAGACAUCGAGAAGCGCAUUCGCGACAUGAUCCUCUCCUACAUCAAGCGCGAGUCGUGCCUCAUCCUCGCCGUGUCCCCCGCCAACACCGACCUCGCCAACUCCGAUGCCCUCACGUUAUCCAGGCUCGUGGACCCCGACGGCAAGCGGACCAUCGGGGUGGUCACCAAGCUCGACAUCAUGGACCGCGGCACCGACGCCGUGGCGUACCUUCGCGGCGAGGUGGUCCCGUUGCGGCUCGGGUACAUCGGCGUCGUGAACAGGUGCCAGCAGGACAUCGCGCAACGGAGGAGCAUACGCGAGGCGCGCGCGUCCGAGGCUGAGUUUUUCCGGCAUCACCCGGCGUACGCCGAGGUGAUUGACAAGUGCGGCACCGAGGCGCUCGGGUGGACCGUGUCCCGAAUCCUAGCCGAUCACAUCGCCGACCUUCUACCCGCGCUCUCCGAUAAGAUCGCCACGCGCAGAGCCGAGGCGCAGCGCGAGCUCAAGUCCUUGGGCGAGGGUAGGCCCGAAGAUCCGGGCAGGCAGAGCGCCAUGGUGCUCGAGAAGCUGCACGGGUACGCCGCGGGUUUCACCAAAUCAGUCGUCGGGAAGAGCGACGAUCUCUCCACCGCGUCCCUCGAGGGCGGCGCCAGGAUCCACUUUGUCCUUCAGGAUAUCUUCGUCAAGGGCCUGGAGUCCCUCGACCCGACGCGCGCGAUGAGCGAGGAGGACAUCAGGACCGCGAUCCAGAACGCGGCGGGCACGAAGGGCGUGCUGCUCCUCCCCGACGAUUCCUUCGAGGUUCUGGUCAAGCAGGCGAUUCGAAAGAUGUCGGAUCCGUGCGUCAAGUGCGCGAGGAUCGUUCACGACGAGCUCGGGCGGAUCGCGCGGACGCUGAUCAACCAACAGGAUCUGCAGAGGUACCCACGCCUGGCGCAGAGCGUGGAGGACGCCACCCGGGACUUUUUGGUUGAGGGGCUCGUUCCCGCGGAGAGCAUGAUCAACUCGCUGGUGGAGUGCCAGCUCGCGCACAUCAACACCUCCCACCCGGAUUUUGUGGGCGGGUCCCAGGCGCUGAGGAUGGCGCAGCAGGAGCUCAAGCGACGCAGGGGAGCGUCCACUGCCGCCGGAACGGGAGCUGACGACGACGAGAUGUCGGGAGACGAGAACGACUUUGGGGAGGAUGUGCUGGCGGAUGUCACUCAGAGAAACGCGUUGCAGCGGAAGCGGGACGCCAAGAACAAGGCCAAGACGGCGCUCGGCAGAAAGCUAUCCGGGGGUUCGUCCGUCGACGCGUCCAUCGACAAGGUUAAGGACAAGGAGAACGACGUCAAGGCGCUGUACUCGCACGAGAACGGGGUCGUGUCUCUGAAGGAACCUCCGGGGAGGAUUCAGGCGAGCGAGCCCGAGACUGACGAGGAGCUCCUCCAGGUGCUGGUGACCAGGAUCCUCCUCGGCAGCUACUUCGCCAUCUCCCGCGGCGUGCUCGCGGAUACCGUGCCCAAGGCUGUGAUGCACUUUCUCGUCAACAGCGUGCAGCGGGGGCUGCAGCAGCAUCUCAUUCAGUCCCUCUACCACCCCAACCUGGUACCCAGCUUGCUGACUGAGCACCCGGAGACGGAGGCGAAGAGGUUGGCGGCGAGGAACAAGUACAAGGCCUUGUCCGCGGCGGCGGCGGCCAUCGGCGCCAUGCCCGCGGACCUCGCGGCGGCGGGCGUCGGCGUCGGGGGCAGGCGAUGAUCGAGACACUGGGUGUGCGUAGCUAUGUAUCAUACAUCCGUUAUUCAUCAAUAAUCGAAAAUAAACCAUCUCGUGGCUAUCCCACCCGUCGUCGAUCCUCCUCGGGCUCCCUGACGGCCAUCUCCACGUCGGUCGGCGGUCCGCGCACACGAACGAACUCUCCGUUCGUCGAUUGCCCGUGCGCAUUCGUCUCGACAUCGUUCGUCGGCGCCACCUGUGUGCCGCUGGGCGAAUUCGGCCCGCGGCGUCCAAACAGAAAGUUUAACCCAUCGGGCGGAUCGGGCGCGCUGGGAGCGGGCGUCGCCGGGACCGUGAGCAAGCUGGCCCGGCAGUUGGGGCAGGUGCUGUGCUGCGCGAGCCACUCGUCGAUGCAGUCCUUGUGGAACACGUGCUGGCACGUCGGCAUGGUCUUGAUCAGGUCCCCGUCCUCGAACUGCUCGAUGCACACCGAGCAGCUCGGGUCCUCACCCGCCCACUUGCUCGCGUUCCAGUCAGCCUCGGUGUACGCCAACUGCGGGAUGGCGUCUAUAACCUCUCGCGGGCAGCCCGUCUGCUGCGCCCCCCUGCCACCCGCGCCGCCGUUCUGGUUCCAAGUCACGUUAUCCUCGCGCCCGCGCAUCCGCCGCCUGAGCACGUGCCCCUGCAGCAUCCACUUGCACACGCUCAAUAGCAGGCACAUGAACAUCGCCAUGAUGAUCACCAGCACCACCGACAUGAACGACGGCGGCAUCAUGUCGUCGUCCUUAUGGUCGCUUUCGAGCGUGACGUGCCAGUUGCAGCUCGAGUCGCGAUAGUACUGCAUGUUAAAGACGCCGAGGACGUAUGUACCCGCGCCCUUGAGCUCGCUCGACGAGAUUCGCCACACCGCCUCCGUUCCCAGUUCCUCGGUCGUGCUCAACAGAUAUGUGUUGUCCAACAAGCUCGGCCACCCGGUGCCACUUGUCGGCCACUUUUUCAUCAACACGAUCGGGUGCCCGCCCUCGUGCCAGAACUUGACGGUGAGGCCCUUGCCCGCCGCGACGUUGUCGACGUCGAACUUUACGUACGCCCACUCGCCGGGGUUUAAGAUCCCCGCCGCCGUGCCGCUCGGCAACCGCGUGGAGAUCACCACCCCCUCGCACAUGUCCCCGCCGUACCCGUCUUUACACUCGCACACGCCCACUCGCGAUUCGACGCUGAUGGCGUCCACCGCGGAGCCGUCCGAUGGGUUCGGUGGCUUGCACUCGCCCCUCGAGGGAGCGUUGCAGCCGGCGCGGCACAGGGGCGGAUCCGGCGGGAGCACGCCGGGCUUUCCCGGCAACGCCACGGUCACCUCGACGUCGUACUUGGCCUCUUUUUGGAGGUACACGUUGUUGUUGAACACGGCGAUGUAGUAUUUGCCGGGUUUCGCGUCCGAGAGGAGUAUCGAAUGGUAGUUAACCCUGGUCCGGAAACCUUGCGUGUCGGCGAAUAAAGCGUAGUCCGAAACUGACGGAACCGCCCCCGUUCGCGGAAUCUUCUUCACGAACAGCACGGGGUCGCCGCUCUCGCGCCGCAGCUCCGCGAGCAUCGCGACUUUGGUGGAAGAGUCGUACUGCGGCGGGA